CGUCCCUUUAAAAAACAACACACAUUCUAGCCACAUUUAUUCCCCCCCCACAAAUACUGUAUAAAAAUGGCUGCCAACAAGUACUCUGUUAUCUUACCCACAUACAACGAGAAGCGUAACUUGCCGAUCUUGGUGUACCUUCUUGCCAAGACCUUCAAGGAACACAACCUUGAUUGGGAAGUUGUUAUUGUUGACGACAACUCUCCUGAUGGAACUCAAGACGUUGCUCGCAAGUUGAUUGCUGUGUUUGGUGCCGAACACAUCCAGUUGCGUGCCAGAGCUGGCAAGUUGGGAUUGGGUACCGCCUACGUGCACGGGUUGCAAUAUGUCACGGGGAACUUUGUGAUCAUCAUGGAUGCUGAUUUCUCCCAUCAUCCUGAAGCCAUUCCAGAACUUAUUGCCAAACAAAAAUCUGAGGAUUUCGAUAUCGUUACUGGUACCCGUUAUGCCGGUGAUGGGGGUGUUUUCGGCUGGGAUUUGAAGAGAAAAUUGGUCUCCAGAGGUGCCAACUUUUUGGCUGCCACUGUGUUGAGACCAAAUGUGUCUGACUUGACUGGUUCGUUCAGACUUUACAAGAAGCCGGUAUUGGCCAAGAUCAUCGAGGUCACCAAGAGUAAAGGAUAUGUUUUCCAAAUGGAAAUGAUGGUUAGAGCCAGAUCUUUGGGGUUCACCGUGGGUGAAGUUCCUAUUUCCUUUGUUGAUAGAUUGUAUGGAGAAUCCAAGCUUGGAGGUGAUGAGAUUGUUGGGUAUUUGAAGGGUGUCUGGGCAUUGUUUACUUCUGUAUAGGUCCCAUAACCAGCGAGGGAAGAAGUAGAUAAACAAACAAUAACAAAUAAAUGACUUUUAUAUUGAGA